CCAUUAACCCAGUGGCGCAGCCAAUAGACCCAGAAGCCAGAAGGUAGAGAGACAGAGAGCUGGUUUGUAUGUGUUUUGCUCAAAAAUCUCAUAUAUCCAUCAAAAGGAAAAAUAAUGGAAGGUUUGGUUUCGUUCCAAGCCGUUUCGUCAUUCACAGCCAGACCCAAGUUCUCAUUCUUAAGGUCUACUCAGGGAAUAGCCGUCGACCCUCGUAGAGGCAACUCGCUCGCUGUUGCUUCCUCGUCUUUGUCUUCUUCUGCUUCUUCUCUUCCUGUCAUUCGAGCUCAACAGAUGGAGACGAAGGAUGUUUCGGCUACUACUGCUCCUACAAGUGAAUCUUUAUCUGACCAAACCGCUCUCAAAAUUAAGGAGUGGGAAGUGGGGAUGUUCCAAAAUGAAGUAGCUGCUAGCCAGGGUAUAAGAAUCAGAAGAAGGCCGCCAACAGGACCUCCUUUGCACUAUGUGGGCCCAUUUGAGUUUCGUUUGCAGAAUGAGGGAAAUACUCCGCGUAAUAUUUUAGAAGAAAUCGUGUGGAACAAAGAUACAGAAGUUUCACGAUUAAAAGAGAGAAAACCUCUUUUAGUGUUGAAGAAAGAAAUGGAGAAUCUUCCUCCUGCUAGAGAUUUUAUUGGAGCUCUUCGGGAAGCCUACUCACGAACUGGAUUGCCUGGUUUGAUAGCUGAAGUGAAAAAGGCUUCUCCAAGCAGAGGAAUCUUGAGGGAGGAUUUUGAUCCAGUUGAAAUUGCCCGAGCCUAUGAGCAAGGAGGAGCAGCUUGUCUUAGUGUUUUGGCAGAUGAGAAGUAUUUCAAGGGAAGUUUUGAAAAUAUUGAGGCAAUACGAAAAUCUGGAGUGAAGUGCCCUAUAUUGUGCAAAGAGUUCAUUAUCGAUGCAUGGCAAAUCUACUAUGCUCGAAUUAAAGGCGCAGAUGCUGUUCUUUUGAUUGCUGGUGUUUUGCCUGAUCUUGACAUCAAAUAUAUGACCAAGAUCUGCAAGCUUCUUGGUUUAGCAGCACUAAUUGAGGUGCAUGAUGAGAGGGAAAUGGAUCGUGUUCUUGGGAUAGAGGGGGUUGAGUUAAUUGGAAUCAAUAAUCGCAACCUUGAAACCUUUAAGGUUGAUACUAGUAAUACAAAGAAGCUUCUUGAAGGAGAGCGUGGCCGAUUGAUUCGUGAAAGAGACAUACUCGUUGUUGGGGAAUCUGGUCUGUUUACUCCUGAUGAUAUUGCUUAUGUACAAGAAGCCGGUGUUAAAGCGGUUUUGGUUGGAGAGUCAAUCGUGAAGAAGAAUGACCCAAGAAAAGGAAUUACUGAACUUUUUGGGAAAGAUAUUGCAGUGUGAGAUCAAAUUAGGAAGUUAAUAUGCGGUGUACUUCUAAUUUGCAAGAGCAAUAUUUUCACAAACAGAAGUUUGUUUUCCAUAUAAUAAGUUUGGCUGCGCCUCUGCAUUUAUCAUUUACAUAUAAAUGGUGCAGAGGGUAUAUUGUAUGAGUUAAAAUCCUUGUGUGAUAUUGAGUUAUUGCAGAUAUAUUAUGGAUAUAUGAUUAAAAUUUUAA